AUGGCCGAUGGAGCGGAAAACACAAACACUAACGUGAAACCAGAAAAAGUCGAAAAAAACAAAUCAAAAGAAAAGAAAAAGUCAAAAGAUCAAAAACCUUCGGUGUUAGAAUCGCACGGAUACUUUGUGGGCCGGAGCGUGGGUAGUGGAUCGUACGCUACCGUUAAGAUCGCACAUUCCGAACGCCAUAAGUGCAAUGUGGCAAUCAAAAUCGUCUCGAAACUUCAAGAGGCUGCCGAUUAUCUAGAAAAAUUCCUCCCCAGAGAAAUUGAAGUGGUCAAAGGCCUCAAACACGAUAAUUUGAUCAGAUAUUAUCAAGCGAUCGAAACGACGCACCGGGUUUACAUCAUUAUGGAAUACGCGGAAAACGGUUGUCUGUUGGACAUCAUCAAGAGGGACGGCAAAAUAGACGACGACAGAGCUCGAAAAUGGUUCAUGGAGCUCGUCAACGCCAUAGAAUAUUGUCACAAAAAGGGAGUCGUUCACAGAGACAUAAAAUGUGAAAACCUGUUGAUGGACACCAAUUACAAUAUCAAAUUAUCAGAUUUCGGGUUCGCGCGGAAUAACAUGAUAAAGAAAAACGGUCAGAUGAAAACGAGCAGCACGUUCUGCGGCAGUUACGCUUACGCGUCGCCGGAAAUACUGAAAGGCAUACCUUACCAGCCCAACGCCUCUGACAUUUGGUCCAUAGGGGUAGUGCUUUACGCCAUGCUAUUCGGAACACUCCCCUUUGACGAUACGACCUAUCAAAAGUUACUGAAACAAGUUGCAAAGCCAGUGACAUUUCCCCGAGACAUAAUUAUUUCCGAUAACUGUAGACAGAUGAUAAUAAAACUAUUGUCACCGUUAAAAGUCCGUUUGAACAUAUCAGACAUAAAAGUUCAACCGUGGAUUCUUCAGACAGAUACGACCACAAGACCUACCGAUAAAACCGAAUCCGAAAAACCAGUAACUUGA